UCCACACACAUACGAUACACAGCUCAUUCCAAGACCGUCGAUUCCUGAAGACGGGAUAUGUCUGGAUUACACGGGAAGCAGAUGCUUGUGGCGGCAUUGUCUUUGGCUCUAUUGGCGGCGGGGAGGUGCUCCCCGGUGGUGGGACCCGAGCCCAUCCGCUGUGCCCCCUGCACGCAAGACAAACUGAGCGACUGUCCCGCCAUCCCCUCCAGCUGCAAGCAGGUCCUGAGAGAGCCCGGCUGCGGCUGCUGCAUGGCCUGCGCGCUGGAGAAGGGGGCGUCGUGCGGUGUGCACACGGCCCACUGCGCUGAGGGUCUCCGCUGCACCCCCCGACCCGAAGAGUCCAGGCCUCUCCACGCCCUCACCAGAGGACAGGGGGUCUGCACGGAGCACCAGGGACAAGACGAAGUAGACCGUGCCCUUGAGCAUGGCCCCCUGCACUACCUCUUCGGGGUCAAUGCCCCCUCCGACCCCCGAGACACUGUUGAGGUCCAGGAGAGUAUCAAGGCCAAGGUCAAUGCCAUCCGCAGCAAACUGAUGCAGCAGCUCUCCGUGUUCCUGCAGGGCCCCUGUCACAUUGAACUACACGAGGCCCUGGAUAUCAUAGCGAGCUCUCAGCAGACGCAAGGGGAGAAGUUCACCAACUUCUAUCUCCCCAACUGUGACAAGCAUGGCUACUACAAGUCCAAACAGUGUGAGUCGUCUCUCACCGGGCCUCCGGCUCGCUGCUGGUGCGUCUCCCCCUGGAACGGGAAAAGGGUCCCGGGAUCGAAUGACCUCCUCGGGGAUACGGAGUGCCAUCAAGAACUCACCCACUGAAGCGUGGGCACUUAUCACUCACGAAAUACACACACGCACACACACACACACACACACACGCACACACACACACACACACACACCAACGAGACAAACAGAUAAGUAAUGACGAGACUGUCCUCCUAUUACGACCUAUAGUCGCGUUUUAAACUUAAGCGCCCUCUAGCGGACGUGCUGCCAAUAGCAAUCUUAGUUACUAUACUAGACGGCGAAACGACACAAAAACGCCCUGACUACACAUUCUAUUGUGUUCUCAAAUCGUUUUUAUCACUAUUUACUGACGACUUACCUUUAUUAGCCUGUCUGUGAGCCGUUGUAAAGAGGAUGUCAACACGAAGAUAACAAUGCACAGAGGCGAAAAGUAUCUGUGGCAUAUCUCCUGCCGCCGGUAGGGGGCGCUAAUUUAGGAAACGCUGCUGUGGGUCGUAUUAGAGGGUAUACGACCUCUGUGGUCGUAUGGGUUGGAGGACUUGCAGGUAAUGACACACUGCAUUGCUCAUAGUUGACUUGCAGUUACGUACACUUCGGGUGGAUUCUGACCUGUGUACAACCGCUAUAUAAUUGACCUCCCGUCCACAAAUACACAUUCAUUCACAUGCUCACGCACCACACCAGAUCUUAUUUCAGAGAGGAAAGUUCUUCCGCCUACUGUGAUGAUAUAUGUAUUGAGACUUAUUUAUUCUAAACUUAUAUAUGCUGGCUAGCGCGGACCAUUUGUAAUUUUUAGAUUUUUUUUUUUAUAUGCUUGCCUAUAUAUUUUUUUUCUCAAUUGUAAAUAGGGCAACACUGUAUACAUUUGUGUUUCUGACUAAAUAACUCCAUUGCUGAAGACCACAGGUCCUGCAGCUCUGCCGGGCCCGUUUCAGAGUCUGCAGGACUCAUUCAUUCAUUCGUUCGCUGAUUCAUUCAGAAAUGGAACAGAGCGCGUGCGCAAAACAACACAGCCACUCGUUCACGCGAACACUUUGACAGUGUUGGAAUGUAUCUUCAUUGACGUUUCCUC